AUGGAUAAUCAAAUGCAAGAUUCAAUUGUACUCAGAGCUGGUCGAGCACGAAAAAGAAAGCUUUUAGGACUAGUAUUGGCUAUUAUUUGUCUUGGAUUAUACAUAGCUUUGGCAAUAAUAUUAUUUAAAUAUUUUAAUCCGCCUCGUCAAAUUUCAAAUCUAGUGACAACGAAAGUCACAAAUGACAUCGAAUAUAUGACAUCAACAAAUUUACCAGAUGUUAUAACUACAAUGGAUAUUGUUAAUAGCUCUGAACAAUCUAUUUUAUCUACCAUAGGCGUUAGUUUGAUAGAAAUAUACACAAAUUAUUCUCUUCGCGAGCCCAUAGAAUAUGAAACUGAUGGUCACCCACUUGGCAAUACUCUUUUUUUCAAUGGCGCUCUAAUGUGUAAUUAUACUGGGUAUGUUAGUAGUGUCAGUUUUCGUCUUUUUACUAAUUGGGAAGAUACUGCAUUGCUUUACUUAUUUGUCAUAUCGGGAUCUCCGUUUAAUUAUCACAUUUCAUAUCGCUAUGCUAUCAAGCCUCAAAAAAAUACGACACAAUGGCAAACCAUCAAAAUUCCUUCGCGUACAUUACCCAUAAGUGUUACAGAUUUUUUCGCUAUUGGUAUGCAAGAUAGUAGUAAUAUGAGUCAAAUUUAUACUAUUCAUCCACCUAUCGGAAUGAUGGGAGCAAAUAUAAAUGAAACUACAAGAAAGUUUAUCUCAAAACUUGGUGCGGGUUUCGCUCCCGCAUUCACUUAUACUGCAGUUCACUACAAAGAAAUAUCAGCGAUAAAACCAAUAGUUGUUCGUUAA